ACGUUCCCAUUCACUUCAGGAUGCUCUGAACAUCUAGAAGGUGGUGGUUGGAGAUUGUCACGAAAACAAGAAAAGUUGAAGAGCAAAGUUUUAUGUUCAUAUUUGGAAAUACCUAGGAAAGACUCCAUGGCUCCCUAUGUGACCCUGAUAUAUGGUUUUUGCUCAUCCUGAUCAAGCAAAACCAUAAAGACCAUGGCAUCUAUGUCCAAAAAAACAGUAUCCAUAGCAUCCCAGUAUUCCUUGUUCUCCACUGCUCCUUUCUUGGUUUACUUUUUGCUUGGUUUAGCUUGUGUUUUUUCCCCUUCUUCUUUUGCUGAAGCUACUAUAGGAGAUCAAGUCACACAAGGAUGGAAGGAAGCAGAAGCACUUCUAAAAUGGAAAGCAGAUCUUGACAAUCAAAGCCAGUCUCUCCUGUCCUCAUGGGCCGGAGACAACCCCUGCAACUGGGAAGGAAUCACUUGCGACAAGACUGGUAACAUCACAAAGUUAAGUCUACAGGAUUGUAGUUUGAGAGGUACGCUUCAUGGUCUCCAAUUCUCAUCCUUUCUGAACUUGAUCGAGCUUAAUCUUCGGAAUAACUCACUCUAUGGGACCAUUCCUUCACAUAUCAGUAAUCUUUCCAAGCUCAUUGUCCUUGACUUGUCUCAAAAUCAAAUUUCUGGAAGCAUUCCAUCCGAAAUAGGUUCAUUGACAAGCCUUGAGUUAUUUUCUCUGAUGAAAAACCUCAUCAACGGUUCUAUCCCGUCUAAUUCUAUAGGAAACCUAAGCAACUUAGUGUAUCUUUAUCUUAAUGACAAUGACCUUUCUGGUGCCAUACCACAAGAAGUUGGAAGAAUGAAAUCUCUCGUAUUGCUUAAUUUGUCAAGCAACAACCUAACUGGUGCUAUUCCUUCGUCCAUUGGAAACUUGAGUAACUUGGUUUAUCUUGACCUUUUGAAAAACAAACUCUCUGGUUCAGUCCCUGAGGAAGUAGGAAUGCUUGAGAAUCUGCGUACACUUCAAUUAGGAGGGAAUAGUCUUGAUGGUACCAUCCACACUUCCAUAGGAAACAUGAGAUCUCUCACUGUCCUUGAUUUGAGAGAAAAUUAUCUCACCGGUACAAUACCAGCUUCUAUGGGAAACUUAACAAGAUCUCUUACUUUCAUUGACUUGGCAUUUAAUAACCUGACCGGUACGAUCCCUUCAUCUUUAGGAAAUUUGAGAAGCUUAUCCUUUCUUUACCUUCCUUCAAACAAUCUUUCAGGUUCUUUUCCUCUAGAGUUGAACAAUCUCACACAUCUGAAACAUUUUUAUGUAAAUUCUAAUAGAUUUACUGGACAUUUACCAGACGACAUAUGUCGUGGUGGACUCCUUUCGUUGUUGUGUGUUAUGGACAAUGACUUCACAGGACCUAUCCCAAAAAGCUUGAGAAAUUGCACUAGCUUGGUGAGACUCAGAAUUGAGAGAAACCAGCUCAGUGGAAAUAUAUCUAAUGAUUUGGUUGUUUAUCCAAAUAUGACCUACAUAAAUUUGAGUGAUAACGAAUUCUAUGGUGAACUUUCUUGGAAAUGGGAGCAAUUUCAGAGUCUGAUGACUCUAAGAGUCUCUAACAAUAGAAUAUCUGGUGAAAUACCAGCUGAGCUUGGAAAGGCAACUCGACUGCAAGCGAUUGAUCUCUCUUCAAAUCAUCUUGUUGGGGAGAUUCCUAAGGAACUGGGAAAACUGAAGUUACUUGAACUCACUCUUAACAACAACAAUCUUUCAGGUGAUGUUACUUCAGUUAUCGCAACGAUACCUUACAUUACAAAGCUUAAUUUGGCAGCAAAUUAUCUGAGUGGAUCGAUUCCCAAACAACUUGGAGAGCUCUCAAAUCUAUUAUUCUUGAAUUUCAGCAAGAAUAAAUUUACAGGUAAUGUUCCUCCCGAGAUGGGAAAUUUACGGUCUCUUCAAAGUCUUGAUCUUAGUUGGAAUUAUCUCCAGGGAUACAUUCCACCGCAGCUUGGACAGUUCAAACAUCUAGAGACAUUGAACAUCUCCCACAACAUGAUGUCUGGCUCUAUACCGACCACUUUUGCGGACUUGUUGAGCUUGGUGACUGUGGAUAUAUCCUGCAAUGAUUUAGAGGGCCCCGUUCCUGAUAUUAAAGCUUUUAGUGAGGCUCCAUACGAGGCAAUCAGAAACAACAACUUGUGUGGCAGUUCUGCAGGUUUAAAGCCUUGUGCUGCAUCUACAGGCAAUAAAACUGCUUCUAAGAAGGAUAGAAAAAUGGUUGUCUUAUUUGUCUUCCCUCUCUUGGGACUCUUUUUUCUGUGUUUAGCCUUGAUUGGAGGUUUCUUAACCCUUCACAAAAUUAGAAGCAGGAGGAAAAUGUUAAGGGAGGCACGACAGGAAAAUCUGUUCUCAAUAUGGGACUGUUGUGGGGAAAUGAAUUAUGAGAACAUCAUCGAGGCUACAGAGGAAUUCGACUCCAACUAUUGUAUUGGAGCAGGAGGGUAUGGAGCUGUUUACAAAGCUGUGCUGCCAACAGGAAUGGUGGUUGCUGUGAAGAAAUUCCACCAAUCACAAGAUGGUGAGAUGACUGGUUCGAAAGCUUUCAGAAGUGAGAUUCAUGUCUUACUAAGUAUAAGACACCGUAACAUUGUGAAGUUGUAUGGUUUCUGUUCACAUAGAAAGCACUCGUUUUUGGUUUGCGAGUUCAUAGAAAGGGGAAGUUUGAGAAUGACUUUGAACAGUGAAGAACGAGCAAGGGAAUUGGAUUGGAUUAAAAGGCUAAAUCUUGUGAAAGGAGUGGCCAAUGCUUUGUCCUACAUGCACCAUGAUUGCUCACCUCCUAUUAUUCAUCGAGACAUUUCGAGCAACAAUGUCCUCCUGGAUUCAAAAUAUGAAGCUCGUGUCACUGACUUUGGCACAGCUAAGCUCUUAAUGCCUGAAGCGUCCAACUGGACAUCAAUUGCAGGAACUUAUGGAUACAUAGCUCCAGAGUUAGCCUUCACAAUGAAAGUGGAUGAAAAAUGUGAUGUCUACAGCUUUGGUGUGUUAACAUUGGAAAUAAUCAUGGGAAGGCAUCCAGGAGAUUUCAUCUCAGCUUUGCUAUCACCAUCAUCCUCGUCAACAUCAUUGCCAAUGAGUCAGCAUACAAUCUUGAAGGACGUACUAGACCAGUGUAUACCACCUCCUGAACAUCGAGUUGCAUCAGGUGUGGUCUAUAUUGCCAGACUAGCAUUUGCAUGCUUGUGUGCUGAUCCACAGUCUCGGCCAACAAUGAAACAAGUCGCUUCUGACCUCAGCAUUCAAUGGCCCCCAUUGUCAAAGCCAUUCUCCAGGAUAGAAUUGAAAGACGUUUUGUUACCCAGAAAUUCCACAGGCUGAAAAUUUAGCCAAUCAUUUUACUGUCAUUCCUGUGUAUCAUUCUCCUUUAGCUUUCCCCCUGUCUAUGGUCUCCUUCCCAGCCUUGUGAUAAGGAAUACAGAGUUCAGGUUAAUUUUGUACUUUGCUUCGGUUUACUGGACGGCCAACGGGCCUUGUCAUCAGAGAAUUCUGUAAUUUUGAAAGACUUUCACAGCUUUCUGUGAUCAUACUGAA